AUGGCCCGCAUCUUCAUCACCGGCUCCAGCGACGGCAUCGGCCUAGCAGCCGCCAAACGCCUCGUUGAACAAGGCCACUCCGUCGUCCUCCACGCGCGCAACGCCGACCGCGCCACCUCCACACAACAAGCCGUCCCCAACGCCGAAGCCGUUCUCGUCGCCGACUUGCGCUCCAUCACCGAGACCAAGAAACUCGCCGACCAAGCCAAUGCGCUCAACGGCGGUAAACCAUUCGAUACGGUGAUCCACAACGCGGGCAUCGGGUUCGGUGGGACCUCGAGUCGCGAGAUUACCGCGGAUAAGAUCUCCGCCGUGUUCGCGGUCAACACGCUAGCGCCGUAUAUCCUGACCUGUGCGAUGAAGCGGCCGACGUCGCGGUUGCUGUACAUGAGCUCGGAUAGUCACUAUGGCGGGGAUAAUAGUCUGCGGAACGUGACGCAGUCGCAUUCGUAUGGGGAUAGUAAGUUGCAUGAUAUGAUGCUUGCGAAUGCGUUUGCGAGACGCUGGGGCGAGGAGAUUCAGGUGGUUAGUAUGCAUCCGGGUUGGGUGAGGACGAAGAUGGGAGGUUCGAUGGCUCCCGGGGGACUGGAGAAGCCGACUAAGGCCCUGGCGGAGUGGGCCGCUGGGGAGGGGCCGUUGGCGAAAUUGAAGAGCGGCACGUUCUUUACGCCGAGUGGGCAGGAUACGCCUGAUUCGGCGGCUGGGAAUGUGAGCAAGCAGGAGGAACUGUUGAGUAUCUGCCAGGAGGUUUCGGGGGUGUCGGUUCCAGGUAACUGA